GAUUCGAGGACCCACCAACUUCUUUUUUACACAUAAUCAAAUUUUAUCAUUUCUUCACGUUUCACUUAGAUGGUAUGAUGGUCACCACAACCUUCAUCUACAUCACCAACAGAUAAAUGCAUGACAAUAGGUGAAUGUAUGAUGAAAUUUUCUGCACAAAAAGACUGACAAGAGUCUCUCUCUCUCUCUCCACUGCUUUCUGAUCCCUUUAUCCCUCUCCAAAGGUUUGCUAACAUCCAUAGAAUCGAAAACUAAAAGUGAGAGUAUUUCGGAUAGAGUUCCAGAUCUUAGUAUCUGUCUGCAGAAUAAUCUUUUGAGUUAUGGACAGAAACACCAGAGUGAAAUUAGUAGACAAGCAUCAGGAAGAUAGGAAGUCAAAACAAGAAGGAAAAGAAGCCAUAGCAGCAAAGCAACAGUCACCAACAUCUCCUGUAUCACCACCUUCAGCAUCCUCCUCUCCAUCCCAUGAAUUCUCCUUCACAAUCUCUCUCCACUCUUCCUCAACACCAAUCCAUGAUAAAACCAAUUUGCCACCUUCAUUUGCAGCUGAUUUGUCUCCGGCAGAUGACAUUUUCUUCCAUGGCCACCUGCUUCCUCUCCGCCUCCUCGCUCACCUCCCUGUCUCUCCUCGCUCCUCUACUAAUAACUUGGACAGCUUCAGCCUCCCAAUCAGAGGCUCAUUGGAUGAGCAAGAUCCCAAUAAAGACAGCAACAGCUGCAGCACCAGAAAUGGGAACAGCAUCACCAACAACCUUAACAGAAGCAACCACUUUAAACGUAACUUUGGGGAAACAAUGGGAAGAAUCAAGUCGAAGACUUUCUCGUUAUUUGGGCUGGCAAGACGGCAAAGGGGGCCUGAAGUUACAGAGAGGAAAGAUAAGGAGAAACACAAGAGGAAGCUGAGGUUCGAUGUGAGUCAUGUAUUGAGGAGGUACGUGAGGAUGUUCCGUCCAUUAAUGUUCUUCAGAAGGAGAGGAGAGAAUAUCCGAUUACGUCGCCAACCGUAUUCGUUUUCAGGUGACCUGAGCAUGAGAAAUAAGCAAGAGUUAGGAGGAAGAAGAGAAGAGUUUUCAGCACCAGCGUCAAUGAGGACAUCUCCAAAAAAUAGUGGUCUUCUUGUAGCAACUGCAGCGCUUCCUUCUUCUACUAGUGACAGCACCAUGGAAGAGUUGCAGGCAGCUAUUCAAGCUGCGAUUGCUCAUUGCAAGAAUUCAAUUUCGAAGGAAGAGAAAAUCAAAAGCUUAGAUUAGAUUGAUAUUUCAAUUUCCAUUCUAAGUUCGAUUAUUACAGGGACGUUUGUGUUUUUUUUUUCUUCCCAAUCAGGGACGUUUGUGUUAUAUAAAUAGAAGUAUAUAUUUGAAGAGUUUGAAAAGACACUGAGUAAAGGAGAUUAUGCAGAAGUUUUUUAAACAGUUAUCGCAUGGGAGACAAGGUAAAAGUAGCGGAGAUUAAUGUUUUUGGUGCUUCUUGGAAUUGGCCUUCGUUGAAUUCUCUAGAAUCGAGGGAACUCACGACAAAUGCUUCCCCUGAUUUCAAACCCAAUACCUCUUUGGUACCAGGUUUGGUGGACAGCUACCCAGAAUGGUAUCUCUUCCGUUGAGAGUGCACGCAACCUGAUUUGAUAUAGAGGCCCUCGAUUUGAUUGGCAUCAAGCUUUAGUGGUAUGCUUUUAUUCUAGGAAAAUGAUAGGGUGUACUUCAGGGCAUGGUGGACUAUGCUUUGCUAUUAUGCAUGACAGUUUUAUGGGUGUGCUGCAACUUGCUGUUAAGGAGAGGUCCAUCAAUCCUGGGCUUUGUGGAUGGCCAAACUGUAUCCAUUUUCUGUUUAUGCUGAAGAGAACUGCAUGAAUGUUGAUGUAAAUGGGUGUCAGAAUGCCUCCAUGGGUCUACUGUUGAUUUGAUUGGCUGUAGUGUAAUAAGAAGAGGUUGGGUUUAUUCAUGUAUUUGGUAGUUGCAUGGUGUAUUUCUGCUAUUAAUACU